CUGAUCCUCCAACCACCGCUCCCGGGGAAGAGGGCGGUUUCUCGGGAAGCCGGCCGCCGCCGCCGCCGACUCGGAGAAACUCUCAGCGUGGGCCACGGGACCCUUUGUCACAAGGAGCAAUGCUGCCCCGAUGGGAACUGUCUUUUUACCUGUUUGUUUCCCUAGGCUUCCACUUCUAUUCUUUCUAUGAAGUUUACAAAGUCUCCAGAGAACAUGAAGAGGAACUGGACCAAGAAUUUGACCUGGAGACUGGCACUUUAUUUGGAGGAUUAAAGAAGGACCCAACAGACUUUGAGUGGAGCUUCUGGAUGGAGUGGGGCAAGCAGCGGCUGGUGUGGCUUCUCCUUGGCCACAUGGGUGUGUCUCAAGUAGCCAACCUGCUGGCAAGGAAGCACAAACCCUGGAUCCUCACAGCCUAUGGGAUGUGGGCCUGCUGGUGUGUGCUGGGGACCCAGGGCACAGCCAUGGUUCUUAUUCACACCGCCAUCUCCUUCUGUGUUGCCCAAUUCCGGUCGCUGUUCCUGUCAUGGCUCUGUUCUGUCUUCCUGCUCUCUACACUGAGCCUUCAAGAUGUGGAGGAAGUUAAGAGAGGGUGGUACCAGACGGAAAAUGAGUACUACUUGCUGCAGUUCACACUGACCGUUCGCUGCCUGUACUACACCAGCUUCAGCCUGGAGCUCUGCUGGCAGCAGCCGCCGGCUGAGCGCACCUUCUGCUCCUUUCCCUGGGUGGUGGCCUAUGUCUUCUACUACCCAGUCUUCCACAACGGGCCCAUCCUCAGCUUCCCGGAGUUCAUCGCACAGAUGCAGCAGCAGGAGGAGGGCUCGCCCAAGGCCAGCCUUUCCAUCCUUCUCCGGGGGCUGGGCCGCCUCCUCUCCUGUUGGUGGCUGGCGGAGCUGAUGAUUCAUCUUAUGUACAUGCACGCCAUCUACAGCAGCACCUCCCUCCUGAGGGCCGUCUCAUGUUGGACCUUAGGAGGACUGGCGUUGGCCCAGGUGCUCUUCUUCUAUGUGAAGUACUUGGUGCUCUUUGGUGUCCCAGCUCUGCUCAUGCGCCUGGAUGGACUCACGCCACCGCCGCUCCCUCGCUGUGUGAGCACCAUGUUCAGUUUCACGGGGAUGUGGAGGUAUUUUGACGUUGGACUGCAUGAUUUCUUAGUUAGGUAUGUGUACAUUCCAAUGGGCGGGUCCCAGCACGGCCUGCUAGGGACACUGUUUUCCACUGCAAUGACGUUUGCGUUUGUGAGCUUCUGGCAUGGUGGGAAUGACUACCUCUGGUGCUGGGCAACACUCAACUGGCUGGGAGUCACCGUGGAGAACGGAGUCCAGAGGCUUGUGCAGGCGCCGCGUGUCCAGGACAGCUUGGCCCAGUUCCUCUCCCCACAAGCUCGCCGUCGACUCCAUGCUGCCCUUGCAUCUUGUUCCACCUCCAUGCUGAUCCUGUCCAACCUGGUGUUUCUUGGGGGCAUUCAAGUCGGGAAAAUCUACUGGGAUAGGAUCUUCAUACAAGGCUGGCCAUGUGUGACCCUCUCUGUCCUGGGAUUCCUGUACUGCUACUCCCAUGUGGGCAUUGCCUGGGCCCAGACAUACUCCGUGAACUAAUGGCGCUGGGCCCCGGUCGGACCUUUUUGCUGGCUUCCAAGACAAAUAGUGCUUCACCCUGACCUUGCACCUCAAGGUAACCUCCAGGGGACCAGUGCCUGAUCUGCUCAUCUUUUGUUGAAGUUACCUCACUCCAAGACUGUAAGCUUGAGCUCUCAUAACUUUGGGAACUUAGAAAUCAUCUUCCCAGCCCAAUCAUUUUCCUGUUGAGUAAGCUGGGGUCCAAAGCAGUAAAAUGUCUUGCCUAGCUGCACAUGGUGACAUUGUGAUCCAGAAUCCAGUCCCAAGGGCCCUUUGGGUUCUUUCUCCUUUACCA